CUUUGGGCAACAAAUCUUCCCCGAACAUCGGGAAGUCGGGCUCGAUACUGCAUAAGCUGUCACUGGCCCUGAUAAACCCAACAAACAAACAAACAACUUUGUAGUGUUGUUACAUUAAGUGUACAUUAUGCCUGACAUUAAAGCCACACCCCUGGCUGGAAGUGUCUUGAUGCCAGUGAAGGGCUCUUGAGUGUCAAGGAACAGGAGCUACCCUUUUCACGUGACCAAGCCUGACUAUUACUUAAGUGCAGGCCAGGAUGUGGGGCGUAGCUGCAUCUUGGUUACCAUCGGAGGCAAGAAUAUUAUGCUGGAUUGUGGCAUGCACAUGGGGUACAAUGAUGAUCGUCGCUUCCCAGAUUUCUCCUACAUCACAGAGGGUCCUUUGACAGAUUACCUGGACUGUGUUAUUAUCAGUCACUUUCACUUGGACCACUGUGGAGCACUACCUUUCAUGACAGAAAUGGUGGGUUACAAUGGCCCCAUAUAUAUGACACAGCCCACCAAGGCUCUCUGUCCUGUUCUUUUGGAAGACAUGAGAAAGGUUGCUGUUGAGAGGAAGGGUGAGACAAACUUCUUCACGUCUGGUAUGAUCAAAGACUGUAUGAAGAAAGUCAUCACAGUUUCACUUCACGAAACAGUGCAGGUGGACAGUGAGUUGGAGAUUAAAGCUUAUUAUGCUGGUCAUGUGCUUGGAGCUGCCAUGUUCCAUAUCAGAGUAGGAUCACAGAGCCUCGUGUAUACAGGUGAUUACAACAUGACACCAGAUCGGCACCUUGGUGCCGCGUGGAUUGACAAGUGCCGUCCUGAUCUUCUAAUUUCUGAAUCCACGUAUGCCACAACAAUUCGAGACUCAAAACGCUGCAGAGAACGUGACUUUCUAAAGAAAGUGCAUGACUGUGUAGACCGAGGAGGCAAGGUUCUCAUCCCUGUGUUUGCUCUUGGCCGUGUGCAAGAACUGUGUAUUCUGCUUGACACCUACUGGGAUCGAAUGAAUCUUAAAGUGCCCAUUUAUUUUACCAUGGGUCUUGCAGAAACAGCAAAUAAAUACUACAGGAUGUUCAUCACAUGGACAAAUCAAAAAAUUCGACGAACUUUUGUCCAUCGUAAUAUGUUUGACUUUAAGCACAUAAAACCAUUUGACAAAUCAUACAUGGAUAAUCCUGGUCCUAUGGUGGUAUUUGCUACUCCAGGCAUGCUGCAUGCUGGCCUUUCCUUGGCAGUAUUCAAAAAGUGGGCCCCUAAUGCAAGCAAUAUGGUAAUCAUGCCAGGGUACUGUGUGCAGGGUACUGUGGGGCACAAGAUCCUCAAUGGUGCUAAGAAGGUUGACUUUGAAAACAGAACCAGUGUGGAGGUCAACUUGGCUGUGGAGUAUAUGUCAUUCAGCGCACAUGCAGAUGCGAAAGGAAUUAUGCAGUUAAUUCGACACUGUGAGCCCAAAAAUGUGAUGUUGGUUCAUGGGGAAAAUGCUAAGAUGGAUUUCCUUAGACAAAAGAUAAUGCAGGAAUUCAACAUCAACUGCUACAAGCCUGGAAAUGGUGAGACUUCAAUCAUACCAGUGUCAAGUAAUCUUGAUAUAGAGGUGUCACUGCCUCUUCUUAAACACACCAUCUCUUGUGCAUCUCAAACAAGCCUCACUGCCUCGUCCUCCUCCAAGGAUACUGCUGCAAGUGACGAAACACAACCAAAGAAACAGAAAGUCCCCGAGUCUAAGAAACAAAAAGUUCUUCAUGGAGUUCUCAUCAUGAAGAAUAAUGGUGUGAGAAUAGUUGGUGUAAAUGAGGCUUGGAGUGAGUUGGGAGUUGCCUCACAUCAGCUGAGAUUCACCGAGAGGAUUGAAGUGGAUGAACACGGCCCUGUACCAGCACUCACCUCUUCACUGCACACACUUCUCUCUCAGAAGCUGGGAGCCUCCCAGGUACAAGCUGUGAGUGAAUACCAACUCUCAGUAGCUGACUCACUCUUCAUUAAUAUUCAUGAUGAUGAGCCAGGCAAGACCAUUCUCCUUUCUUGGACUCACCAGGAUGAAGCCCUUGGAAGUAAAUUGUUGGACAUAAUAAAAAGUACCUACAAGAAGGGAUAAUGCAGAUCAUCAUCAAGGUUCCUCCUGUCAGUAGUAUGAUUUACUAAUAUGGCAGGAAACUAAUAGCGAAGAUUUUUUUUCCCCAUGAUCAUGUGAUCUUUUCAUAGAUGGGAAAUAUACUAGAAAAUUGGGUAGAGCCAGGUCCUACUAGCAUUGGAGGACGAAGAAAUCUCUCGAUCUCUUUUUUGGAGUAGCACUGAAAAAAAAAUUCCUACAUUUGGAGGAAAGUUUCCCUGCUCAAGAGAUUAUACACCUGUUUUAUAGGUAUCUUGUCCAUCCCUGUGCACCAAAGCUAGGAGGCUAUAGUGUUACUAUGUUCCUUAACUUCCCAUUUUCAAGGUGUAAACUCAUUUUGACUUUUGUGCAUCUUGUUUUAAAUGUGCAUUUUAUAUCCAAUAAAAAUUAAACUUUUACAAAA